UGAUGGGAACGGUAGUUACCUCUGGGUGUCGCGUGAAAGGGAGGAGAGCGGGCGAAACGGAGCUCGCUUUGCGGUGCGGCCUUCUUCAGGACGACGUUCUCUCCCAGCAGCACCCCCGCUAUCUGAGCGAUAGAAGACACUUGGGAAUAUGCACAGUGGGGCGUCCGAGUUUUUGUUACGGGUGACCGAGGAAGAAGUAGAUGCAUCAGGAAAUUAUGCACAGAGCUGAUGCAUCAUCAGCCUCAAAUGGCUUUCAUUUCCCAGAGUUGGUGAAGAAGAAGAAAAAGAAGAGGAAGGAGGGCCUUGAUGGACAGGGGGAUGACCAACCUGUGAAGGCUGCCCCUUGCUCGCCUCCAUCUUCUGGACAUUCCUCAAUUUUUCCUUUGCUUGUUGAGGAUACAGAAGCUACUGGGGUCUGUAGAAAAAAAACAAAGAACAAAAAAGUUGAGAAAGAGAUUCCAGACUCUGAGUCAGAUGCUACUUGGAUCCCAACAGACAGUGAGCUGAAUAGCAAGGCUGGAACAGAUACCCACGUAUGUAAUAAGAAAAAGAGGAAGUAUCAGCCUAGUGAACAAGAGGGUGGCAGAGACUUUUGCAUUCCUGAGACUCCAGAACAGGUCAGCAGCCUGUGUCCUGUGGUACCCUUAAAUCAGUGCUUUGAUCUUUCCCUGCAGGAGAAAAAGCAGACUGCUCAGUCGGACAAAACUGCAGAAUUUUAUAUUCCCAUUGCACGGAAGAAGAAAAAGCGUAAAAAAGCUGAAACUCCAGAAGAGGCCAGCAGCCAGCUUGAAGCCAGUGACUUGGAAAAUGCCGGUUAUGUCUCUGAAUCCACACCUGUUCAGAAGAAGAAAGCAAAGGUGCUCUUGUUAACAGAGCAGGCUGAGACAAAUAGAGCUUCUGACAGGCUCACAGAUAUUAGGGCUAACCCUCCGAGUUUGCACAAGCACAAUAGAACAGACUGCAGUGACACAGAGGACACACAGGACCUCUUUGCACCUUCACCUCCUGCACUAAUCUUAACACAGCACUCAGACCUUUCCCAUGAGGAAAGAAAAGAGACAGCUGAGUCAGACAAAACUGAGGAGUUUUGUAGUCCCAUUGCACGGAAGAAGAAAAAGCUUAAAAAACCUAAAGCUCCAGAAGAGGCCAGCAGCCAGCUUGAUUCCAGUGACUUGGAAAAUGCAGGUUUGCACAAGCACAACACAACCAACCGCAGUGACACAGAGGACACGGAGCAGGACAUGCUAGGGCCUCCUCUUGUGGCCCUAACACAGCUCUCAGACCUUUCCCAAGAGGAGAACAAUGAGGCGAAUAAGUUGGACAGAACUGUGAAAUUCAGCAGCCCUGCCACACGAAAGAAAUCACAUAAGCGUAAAAAUGCUCCCAGCACGAAUGAUUCUGAUGAUGGGCCACAGAAAUCUCCAACUCCUGUCCAUUCGGAUGCUGAGGAAUCAUCUUCCAGCAAGUUUUCCCUUGUGGACAAUGAGUUUGUAGAAUUUUCCCAGCUUGCAAUGAAAGAUCUGGACUCUGCCACCAAGGAGCUGGAAGAGUUCAUUCCUCAUGUCAGGACCCUGAGUGAUUCAGCGAUCAAACAGCUGGCUGGUCGGGACCUGGUCAGGUUUAGAAAUUUUAAGAAAAAAGGCAUUGCAGUGCGGUUUGGCAGAUUUUCCAAGAAGGAAAAUGACCAGCUGCGGCAAAAUGUUGAGGCCUUCUUGAAAGACACUGGGAUAGAGUCUGCAGAAAAACUCCUCUUUGCUCACAGGUUCCCCGAAGAGAGAGAAUCCAUCAGCAAGCUGAAAACUAUAAACUUGUUUGGUGCAAAGAUUGCUCAGGGAAUUCCAAGGCCUUGGAGGCUAGUAUAUUACCGAGCAAGAAAAAUGUACGAUCCCAAGAAUUAUAAUGGAAGGUAUUCUGAGAAGGAGGAAAAGAAGCUCAAGAAGUAUCAAGCCAUGUUCGGCAACAACUGGAAAAAGAUCUCGGACCUGAUGUCUCGCAGCAGCCAUUCAGUUGAAACAAAAUUUUCUGAGAUCAAGUGUGCAUUUAACUCCGGUCCCUGGGGUUCUGAAGAGAAAAGGAAGCUAGUUCAAGCCAUCAAGGAGACACUGCUGUCCAAAAUGAGAGACUCAGACUCUGCUUCAGAGAAAAAGGAUGAGGAUGGAGCACUCGCACUCAAGUAUGAGAAUCUCUGCAAGGGCAUCUCGUGGUCCCAAGUGGAAGCCAAAGUGGGCACCAGGCACUGGAGGCAGUGUAAAAACAAGUGGAUUAAUAUUGUAACCGAGAAGAUUAUGGGUAAGCAGACGAGGAGCAGACUUGAACAUCUGCGGAUAAAUAUUGCCCUCAUUGAAAGGUUGUAUGAAGUGGACGCUGAUGAUGUGGAAGAAGUUGAUUGGGAAGAGAUAUCCAGUGCUAUAGGGAAUUUCCUUCCAUAUUAUAUUCGGACCAGAUUUUACAGACUCAAAACUUACCGUGUCCCUCAUUGGAAUAACAGAAGCUUCAUGGAAAUCAUCAGUCAUCUGUAUGAAGUGACGCUUCCAAUGUUAAAGAAACAACAGACAGAGCUAAUGGCAAGAAAGAAUAUAACUGUGGAGCCCCAGCAAGCUGAAGACCACAGUUGGAAAAGAGGUUUCAAGUUCAGUGACAUCUUUCAUGACGGCUACGAUAUCUCUGAUGAUGACUUAGACGAUGAUCAGGAGAAUUAGGACCUGGAGCUUUCAAUGCUAAGAGCCAGCAGAACUCUCUGAAUUCCUAACAGACAGACAGUAAUUCCACUGAUAAAAAGAAAGAAUAUAAUUUUUUUCUUCACUGUUUAUAAAAAGAUAAAUAAAGCUUUAUUUAAUUUUGGAAAAAAAGGUUUUUGUUACAGUUUUUGAAUAAUACAAUUUAAGCAACAUGCAAAAAAAUAAAAAAGGGAAAUGAAAUAGGAAAGAGGAGCAUGGUUAAGGCAGGGGUAGGCAACCUAAGGCCCAUGGGCCACAAGCGGCCCUCUCAAUGAAUUCUGGGCAGUUUGAGCAGGGAAUGCACUUCAAAUGUGUUUUGAAAGUAUAGUAUGUAUGCAGUGGAGCAAGACAUUUCACUGUUUGUGUGUACCUGUUUCAGUGUAUCUGAAGAAGUGUGCAUGCACACGAAAGCUCAUAACUAUGACAAACUUAGUUGGUCUCUAAGUGCUACUGGAAGGAUUUUUUUUAUUUUGUUUUGACUGCGUCAGACUAACACGGCUACCUACCUGUCAGUGUUUGUUUGCAUUUCUGGCCACUAGGUGCUGCUAUUAGGAUAGGAGAUGUAUACAGUAGAUAUAGAUAUAAUUACCUACUAAACAUUUCUUGUCACAAUCUAGCUGCAAACAUUUUUUCUUUCCUAAGACAAGUGUUCAGAACUGUACAAUGUUCACCCUAUUGAAUAUCUCUUGUGAAUAUAAACAGGGCCAGUCCAGAAUAAGGGGCCUGUCCAUAUGGCUAUUGGUAGGAAAUCAUUAUUAAUCCAGGAGCACUUGGUGAGUUUCAUGAAGCAACCGGUACCUCUUCACCUGACAUCAUGUCAACCAUGUUAAAUGGCAUUACAGAAGUGCAGGUUGGUAUCCCUCUAGCAGAGGAAGAUGAGAUCAGAUACAGGAUUCAUAUUUUUAAAAUUAAAACCUGCGCUAUUCUACUAGGCUAGGAGUCUUUGAAAGUUACUUCAAAAAGGAGAAACGUCCUCAAUUAACUAUCCACAACAAUUGGUACUAUGUAUCGUGACUUAAAGGAAAUUGUUUGACCUAAUAAACUUGUCCUGGUUACAGGUAGGUAGCCGUGUUGGUCUGACGUAGUCGAAACAAAAUUAAAAAAUUCCUUCCAGCAGCACC